AUGGCACAAAUCGCCGGUAGACCUACUCGUUUUCAUCCAACACGACUUGUGAUAAUGAUAACGGUCGUUGUAGUGUUCCUCUUCUUCAUAGUUACUUCUGUGUACAAUAUCGCAGCAUUUCCAUCUCCUACUUCUCAUGAUCCGGAGACUGGCUACACACGAGAAGCGGCAAUCAUGCAUCUGAGUGAGAAAAACACAAGUGAUGCCAUCGUGGCUAGAUUGCAAAUGCUAGAAAAAGAAUUGUCGUCUCUACGCAUAAUGUUGGCGAAGACCUCGGCUGGACAGAGCAAAACGUUUCCAGAUGUUCGAUUCCGAAACGAGGAAACUCGCAAGCGAAUUUUAGUUACUGGUGGAGCAGGAUUUGUUGGGUCGCACCUAGUGGAUAAACUUAUGAUGGAUGGUCAUGAAGUUACCACCUCUAUGGAGAAUUUCUUAUUUACUCUAUUUUUUUUAACGUUUUAUGUCAUUGCGCUUGAUAAUUACUUCACUGGGCGCAAACAUAAUGUUGAACAAUGGAUUGGUCAUCCAAACUUCGAGCUUGUACAUCACGAUGUUGUCAAUCCUUACUUCAUCGAAGUGGAUCAGAUCUAUCACUUGGCCUCACCGGCUUCUCCACCACACUAUAUGUAUAACCCAGUGAAGACCAUAAAGACGAAUACUUUGGGAACUAUCAAUAUGCUUGGACUGGCAAAGUUGGUGAUAUUCAUCUUUCUGCUUAAGUUUCUUUCCGCCUUUUCCAUUUUUCAUCUACAUAUUUGUUUUCGGCGUGUCAAAGCCACGGUGCUACUCGCGUCUACUUCUGAAGUUUAUGGAGAUCCAGAAGUCCACCCUCAACCAGAAACGUACUGGGGGCAUGUGAACACAGUGGGACCCCGUAGCUGCUACGAUGAAGGGAAACGGGUUGCAGAAUCCCUAAUGGUAGCUUAUAACAAGCAGGAGCGCGUUUCAAUAAGAAUAGCGCGCAUAUUCAACACAUUUGGGCCAAGAAUGCAUAUGAAUGAUGGAAGAGUUGUGUCUAAUUUCAUUAUCCAAGCAUUGCAGGGAAAGCCCAUCACGAUUUACGGCGACGGUUCGCAGACAAGGUCAUUCCAGUACGUUGACGAUUUAGUUGAUGGAUUAAUAUCUCUUAUGAAUAGCAAUUGUUCAUCGCCUGUGAAUCUUGGAAACCCAGAAGAACAUUCUAUUUCAAACUUCGCGCGGAUAAUACGGGACCUUGUUGGUAGUUCCAGUGUAAUUAUUAACCAACCCUCACAAGAAGAUGAUCCGCAACAACGAAGGCCGGAUAUAACAAGAGCUGCAAGAGAGUUGAACUGGAGACCUCAGGUGUCGAUGCGGGAAGGACUGAAAAAGACCAUUGAAUAUUUUCGGGAUCAAAUCAAUGAACAUCAAAGAUUAUCCGAGGAACCGUGA